CUCUUUAUUUCUGGUUAUACUCUGUUUUUUCCUUUCUCAUUUCUGAAACCAAAAAACUCAGCCAUGGGAGGGGCAGCCAAGACUCUUCUCACCAUCUCUCUAUCCUCAAAUCUUUCAUCUUUCUCUCGCGUCUCUGCACUCAGACGCUUCUCUCUCUUCAGACUCACAAGUCCCACCAGGGUUUUUGUAGGGUUUAGGCCUAUAUGCACAGCCACAGUGAGCGAAACCGAUACCAUUGAUCCCGACCAAGCCAUUCAACCCCUUAAGCACUCAAUACUACUCGAGAGGCUUAGAGUAAGACACCUGAAAGAAUCUGUGAAACCCCCAGAAGGGAAGAAAGGGUCACCACAAUCAGGUGGUAGUGAGAGGGAGAGUGGAGAUGGGUCACAGAAGAAGAAGAAGAAAGUUGUUGAGAGUUUUGAAGAAUUGGGUUUGACUGAGGAGGUAAUGAGAGCUGUAAGAGAGUUGGGAAUUGAGGUUCCUACUGAGAUUCAGAGUAUUGGGAUUCCUGCUGUGUUGGAAGGGAGGAGUGUUGUGUUGGGUUCUCAUACUGGGUCUGGAAAGACUCUGGCUUAUAUGUUGCCUCUUGUUCAGUUGCUGAGACGGGAUGAGGAACUAUCUGGUAUGCAAAUGAGGCCAAGGCGUCCCCGCGCUGUUGUGUUAUGUCCCACAAGAGAGUUGUACGAGCAGGUGUUCCGUGUAGCUAAGUCGAUUAGCCAUCAUGCUCGGUUCAGGUCUACUAUGGUAAGUGGUGGCGGCCGAUCAAGACCACAAGAGGAUUCGCUGAAUAAUGCAACUGAUAUGGUUGUUGGGACCCCAGGCAGGGUUCUUCAACAUAUUGAGGAAGGGAAUCUUGUUUAUGGUGACAUCAAAUACGUGGUGUUGGAUGAAGCAGAUACCAUGUUUGAUCAUGGUUUCGGACCUGACAUUCGUAAGUUCCUCGCCCCUUUAAAACAUCGCUCAACUAAACCCGACGGUCAAGGAUUCCAAACUGUUUUGGUCACUGCAACAAUGACAAAGGGAGUGCAAACUCUAGUUGAUGAGGAGUUCCAAGGGAUCGAGCAUUUACGUACAUCAUCUUUGCAUAAAAAAAUUGCAUCUGCUCGUCAUGAUUUCCUUAAACUUUCAGGCACCGAAAACAAGAUGGAAGCAUUAUUACAGGUUCUUGAACCAAGUUUGGCAAAAGGAAACAAAGUAAUGGUAUUCUGUAACACACUGAAUUCUAGCCGUGCUGUGGACCACUUUCUCAGUGAAAAUCAGAUUUCUACUGUCAAUUACCAUGGUGAGGUGCCAGCAGAACAAAGGGUUGAAAACCUCAAAAAGUUUAAGAGUGAUGAUGGAGACUGCCCCACACUUGUCUGCACAGACUUGGCUGCAAGGGGACUAGACUUGGAUGUAGAUCAUGUUAUUAUGUUUGAUUUUCCAUCCAAUUCGAUUGACUACCUUCACCGAACGGGGAGAACUGCUCGAAUGGGCGCAAAAGGGAAAGUAACAAGUUUAGUUGCUAAGAAGAAUGUUAGUUUAGCUAACCGAAUUGAGGAGGCAAUAAGGAAGAAUGAAAGUCUUGAAUCGCUCUCCAUAAAUAGUGUUCAAAGAGACAUCGCCAGGGAUAAAAUAACCGAGCAGAAGGGAAAGAAUGAAAGAUUGUUUAAAAUUGCAAAGCAGGGAGGCAAGAUAAAAGCUGAUUCAGAAAAAUCAUCUCAGAGUCAAGGAUUGAAAUCCAGAAGAUCAGCUGGUCCAGCUAAAUCUGCAAACUCAGGUAUUAAGUUAUCAAAGUCGGUAAAAAUGUCUAGUCCAAGAAGAGGUUCUUCUUCUUCAAGUGCACCAAGAAGAAGCUCUUCUUCUUCGAGUUCACCAAGACGAGGCUCUUCUUCUUCGAGUGCUAGUAGCCCAAGAAGAGCUUCUUCUUCAAGCCCAAGUAGCCCAAGAAAAGCUUCUUCGAGUGGAAGGAAACAAUUAGGGAGUAAGAGGUCGAGUGCAGAGAAAUCAACUUCUUCGAAACUAAACGUUGUCGGGUUUAGAGGACAGAGUUUUUGGUCAAAUAAGAAAGAGCCAUCAAUGUCCAGAUAAUUUUAGGCAAUUUUGAGUUACUUUUUUUUUUUGUGGGGGGCAAUGAAUCUUCAAAGUUGCAAGUUUUCCAUCCAAAAUUCUCUUGUAAUAUCAAUAUAAUUUUUUCUUGUUUUAAUUAUAUAAUUUUACUAGUAUUAUUGCCA